AUGGGCAUCAACAACCUUUGGGAGUUACUAGAGCCUGCUGCCAAAACAGUGCACAUUACCUCGCUUGCCCUCCAGGACCGCUAUGUGGGACCUGCUCCUCACCUGCCCUACAUGAUAGGAGUUGACACAAGCGGGUGGUUUGAACAGUGUCAGCAAGGCAAUUGGCACCGGGCACACACUCAGACUGGGCAGAACCCCGCACUUCGGACAUUCUUAUUCUGCCUUGCUCGACUCACUCAGUUCCCAGUACAACUAGUCUUUUGCUAUGAUGGCAACCAGCGGCCUGAUGUCAAACAAGGGCAUAAGGUAUCUUCUAGGGAGCACUGGAUGGUCAAGCCGACGCAACGCAUCCUGGAUGUCUUCCAUACACAAUGGAUUACAGCUGCAGGAGAAGCUGAGGCUCAACUUGCAUUGAUGAACAGCGCUGAUGUCAUUGAUGCUGUACUGACAGACGACAGUGACAUCUUUGUGUUUGGUGUGAAGACUGUCCUUCGAAACUCGACACUCUCGAUGGACACGAUCAAGAUAUAUACUGCUAGUGCCAUUCAGGACAAAAUUGACCAUCGUCUCACUGGUGAUGCUUUCAUUACCAUGGCUAUCUGCUGUGGUGGUGAUUAUGACAAGGCAAGCCUCAUCACUCAAGCUCAUGUCACCUCACUCGCCGAGCUAGCCAAACUGCAGCUGCCAGCCUCCCCUGACCUUGCUCAGCUCGCAUCCGUGAUCCAGCAGUUCCUAGGCUGGGACUCGAAGAAGCUUCUUAAUACCUUCCACACCACUAUCUGGCCUGUUGUUAUCCUACACGAACUCCUGGAGGAUCUUGCCAACAAUUCACCCAGGAGUGAUGAGCUCAGCCUUGCCUCAGGCUGCACAAGGGCAGUCUUUCUUAACCGUGUGUCACGCCCACAGAAGACUCUUGUAGGGAUUUCUGGGCACAAUACUGAUGUGCCCACUGAUAUGCUUGAGAAAACUAUGAUGCAGUUGCUCGAGGAGCCAGCCCUAGGCUGUCAGGAUGAUAUCACAUCAUCACAUAAGUAUGUUCGAGUAUGGCUUGCUGAUAGAAUCUAUGACUGCUGGGUGAAGACAAUGUUCCUAUCAUCAUCAGGUGAUCUCUGCACAAAGAGCAGUCUCCCAUCAACGUCCCAUGCUGUCCACCAGUUGUCUGUAUAUCCUGUCUCCAAUUCCGGUCCCCCUGCCUCCUCUUCUAUGAGUAUCAUCGACCUCACAGAAGAUGAAGAUGCCAUGGCAUUUGCUGGUGGUGCUAUCAUUGAUCUUACAGGUGAUGAUGAUAGUGAAUUGAUUGAUCUUACUCUUUGA